UGAGGUGGUGGUGGUGGUGGGGGUUGGUAGGACGACGGAACGACGAAUUGGUCGCGGGUCGCGUGUACCCUUUGACGUGCGUUCAUUCAUUCAUUCGUUGCCGGUCCCCGCGUGUGCGUUCGCGAAUGUGUCGCCCGUUCGCUCAAUAGUCGCGUUUUGCGUGCAAAACAGGGGUGGAAAAUUGCAUUGUGAAAAAUCGCCGAGUGUAGUGAGAUACCGGUGUGAUAAUAAACAAAAACGAAUAAUACAUUUGAGAGUGCAUUUCGCCAACAUACACUCGCAACCGCUCCAGACGCCUGGUGAUCGCAUCCGGAAAGCAACUUUUGGCAUGUCGUGUGUGCGUGUGCGUUGAUGACCAGGUGACAUCAAGUGUGUGUGUUUGUGGCUCAUUUGUGUUUCUCCAACUCUUUUCAGUUCGUGUUUUGAACAUCGUUUAAGAAAAGCUGUUGUCGACCGACACACACGAGAGUGAAAGUGCGUGAAUUCUAUUUUUGGUGAUCAACAACGGUGCGGAUGUUUCCAUCUAUGGCAAAUGCUUUAGGAAAAGAUUAAAGGAAAAGCGUGAUCGGUUAAUUAAAAACAUAUUGAAAACUAUAGUGAGUGAGUGUGUGCGUGUGUGUCGGGGAUAGCUGUGAUUGCAUUAGUUACUGUUUAAAUGCAUAAUACAGUACUGUGAUAUGAAGUAAAGCCAAAUCGUCCUCUGUGUUUAUUGAAGCGGAAUGGUGUUAAAUUAGUGCAACUGACAUUUACAUACUGGUGACUCGGUGAAAAUCUCAACUGAAAAUCAUAAGUCUAACACGGCGGACGAACAAUCCGAUCGCGAGACGGAUCCCGGUCGGGACGGUGAGUCGAGCGACGAGGGCGUGAACGUGAAUCGCCCGUCCCCGGACGCAAAGAUGACAUCCGGCAUGGAAUUUGGCAGAAGUCCAGACCAUCACUCGGAGCUAAGUCAAGCGACGGCAGCAGCGGCCGCAGCGGCUGCAGCAGCAGCCGCCCAGUUCGGUGCCAACCAUCCGCUCGGCGUGCUGGGCAAUCUGACGGCGCUCAACAUGAACAUGCCGGGACUGUCCGGGCUGGCGUCUGGGCUAGCCGCGGGCCACCAUGGCGAUGUGCUCGAGAAGCUGAAGAUGCAGGUGCGGGACAUGAAGGUGGGCGCACUGAUGGGCGAACAAAUGGCGGCCGACUUUGCGGCCCUGCAUGCGGCUUCGUCGCCCUUCGGUGCGGCAUUAGCUGCCAGUGCUGCCAAUGGAGCUGCCGGCAAUGGAAUGGGAAUGUUUGGAGCUGGCCGGGAGGAAACGCGUGGCGGAAGUGGUGGUAAUGGUGGGAUGAAUGCAGGCAGUGGUGGUGGUGGUGGUGGAGGUGGAGCUGGAGGAGGAGGAGGAGGAGGCUCACAGUCGCAGACAGGAUCACAGAAUGGUGGCAAUUUUUCGUUCACCCUGCCGAACGCACCGAUCAGCAAGGAUGGCAAUCCCGGUUCCAAUUCGUCAACCUCGAGCGAAACGUCGAACUCGUCGCAACAAAACAACGGCUGGAGCUUCGAGGAGCAAUUCAAACAAGUACGGCAGGUAAGCAACAAGCACAAAGCGCUGAACCGUAACAGUGUGUGGCAAACACUGUACGAAAUCAACGAUGACCCGAAGCGGAAGGAAUUUCUGGACGAUCUGUUCCUGUUCAUGCAAAAGCGAGGCACACCCAUCAACCGCUUGCCAAUCAUGGCCAAGUCGGUGCUGGAUCUGUACGAGCUGUACAACCUGGUGAUUGCCCGCGGAGGGCUCGUCGACGUUAUCAACAAGAAGCUGUGGCAGGAAAUCAUCAAAGGACUGCAUCUUCCUUCCAGCAUUACCAGCGCCGCAUUUACACUACGAACACAGUACAUGAAGUAUCUCUAUCCGUACGAGUGCGAGAAGAAGAACCUGAGCACACCGGCCGAGCUGCAGGCCGCCAUCGAUGGAAACCGGCGCGAGGGUCGUCGCUCUAGCUAUGGCCAGUUUGAUUCGCCAUCCGUACAACGCUCACCGAUUCCGCAGGGCAUCUCGCAGAUGCCGCCACUGUCGCUGGUUUCACACGUCAACCAGCAGCAGCACCAUCACCGGCUGCUGCCACCGGUCGCCCAAAUACCGAACAUGCUGCCGGCCGAGUUCGAGCAACGCAUGCUUAACUACAUCAAGAUGUUCCAGCCGAAGGAGAUGGGCCGGGCGCAGAGUCCGGACAAGCUGUCCGCACUGAACGCGAUCGACAUAUCGCGCGUCGCCCUGUGGAACAUGUACAACCCAAGCCCGAACAGUCCACCGAACUCGCUCAACACUAGCCCGGAAAAUAAUAUGCAAAGCGCGCUCGAUCUUUCGGAAUCACCCGAUCAUGGUAUGGCGGCGAUCAAACGCGACCGCGAUCAUCCGGUCGAUUUUAGUGACCCGCGCGACUACGGUAACGGGCUAGGACCGCCGGCCAAACGUAGCCACCACCAUCACCAUUCACAUCACAACCGUUCGCUCACGCCACAGAAGCUAAACAGUUCCUCGCACGACGAAGAUGACGCCCGGUCCGACAGUACGCCGAUCAACCUGCGCGAAAACGGUGGCCACGGCCGUCGCCCCACACUGGACGACGAUGGCGACGACGAGGAUGACGAGAUGGAGGACGAACCGACGGAGGAGGACAUGUUGCGUGCGCAGUUUGCGGCGGCUGCUGCAGCUGCAGCCGUUAAUCAGCACCCGCUCGCACUAAGCCUUGCCGAUCAUCAUCUUCAGCAGCAGCAGCAGCAGCAACAGCAACGUGAGCGUGAACGUGUCCAGCAGCAACAGCAGCAGCAGGUUGCCGCACAGCAGCAGCGCGAACAGCAACACAGUCUGGCAACGCUCGACCUAAGCAUACUGGACCGCGAGCGGCUACGGUGCGACAGUGCUGACAAGCUGAAGCGUCAAAGCCAACAGUCGCAGCAGCAGACACAGCAACAGAACCAACAGCAGCAACAGUUGCUGGAUCACCAAAGGCAAUUCGCGCACCACCAGCAGCAACAGCAGUCGGCGCGUGUGGCGCGGGAACUUCGCAAGCAUGAGAACGGUGAUCGGCUCAGCCUGACGCCGGACAGUGAGCUGCACCAUUCGAAGGGCCAUCUGUCGGCGGGUAGUGGUGGCGGAGGGGCGGCCACGGGGCUAACGGAUCCGUUUAGCUCCCCGCUCGGCAUUACCGGCAUGCAGUUCAAGUUGAUCAGUCGAGGCGACGCUAGCAAAGGCGACCAGAAGCUGGUGGUAACGAUGGAGUUUAACGGUGUCCAGUACGAGGGCGUCCUGUUCGCCAACCCGCUAACCACCAACACCCUCUCCGCACCGACCUCGACACCACCCUCCUCGUCCGUAUCGGCCACUUCCGCCUCGCCGAUCGGUUCCAUGGUAUCGCCGGUAAAGUCCAGUGCCGCGCUCAUCUCACCACUGGACGAUCGUGAUUCGGCCGGGCCCAAUGUCGAGCUGGUAGCACUCUCCUCAUCGAAUGGUACCGCCACCAGCAACAUUGCAACCAGCGCUAGUAGUAGUGGCACUGCUGCUACGAGCACUGUUCCCAACACCUGCAUCCAGCAACAGGAUAGUGUGAUUCCACCCGGUGGCACACCAUCGCUCGGUGCCACCAGCCCGGCAAGAUCGUUGGUAUCAUAGGCGGUGUGACUCCUCUCGCUUUGAGCCCACCGAUCAUCCGCUCUCUCCAUUUCCGCUUUCAUUUCCCCCCGAUAGAGGGCGCAACGACUUCCGUGUAUCCCGGGUUUCGAUAGAAGCAAACAGCGCGUGACAUAUACACUGCUCUCUUCCUCUCCAAAUGUCCGUGUGCGCUUGCUCCCCAUUUUCUAACCUCGCUUGCUCCCGGUUCAGAGCUGGAGGCUCUCUCCAACCGUUCUCCACAGCAGCUAGCCGAAACGAUUCUAGCCGGGACCUUAGUUCUUAGUAGAGUGUAUGAAGCGAGUAACUUAUAAAAGAAAAAACGCGUGGUGUGUGAAAAAGGUGCGCGCCUAGGCAUUUUAUCUACAGGACAAACACACACACACACACAUCCUUAAAGAUUGUAAAGUUUCCCGUCUUUUUUAUAGAAUUAUUUUAUCACCGUUCAAUCUCUCAUGUGCAAAUAAUUUAAAGCAUUUUUUUGUGGCUCUCCCAUUUACGCAGUAAAACAAUCAUAAGGAAUGGCGCCGAUUCUGAAACUAAAGAGAUGUCUGUGCGUCAGUGUCUAGAAGUAGUGGAGACUGUUUAGGGCUAGAAGAGAGCUACAUUUUUUUGUUUCCACCUUCUGCUCUUAAUCUUGACUAAGCGCAUUCUCACUCGCCCUUUCCUAACAACAACAAGUAGCGCUAACGAUGGUGGGAAACAAUGUCUGAUACGAAACCCUCGCGAAGAAAGUAUCGAUUAAGUGUGUUAGGUAACCGACCAUUUUGUUUUUUUGUGUUUGCAUUUCCUACUGUCCUUUAUCCGUGUUUCUCCCAUCGGCAAGCAUCACCACUUUAGGAUACGUAGAACCCAUCUUGUCAAUUUUAUUUUUUGUCGUCUUCGUUUUGUAAUAUUCUCUUCUUUUCGAACCAAAAAUUAUGCUUAAUAAUUUGUAAGAUGCGCGCUUUUAAACUUGUUUUUAAACUUUAUUUUACAGUAGCUUCUUCUCUUUUCCCGCUUCCAUUUUACUCAUAGCGUCGGGCAACUGUUCGCCCUACAAAAGAUAAAGGGACACACGUUUAUACGAAAGCAUUGGGUUGUAAGUAAUGCUGCUUAGAAUAUGUUUUAGUUUUGCCUUUAGUCGAGAAGAUACUUGCUGGCGUUAGUGAGUUACUGAGUGAGGGGAAAACAGAUGCGCGGACAACAGGUGCGCCGCAUAAGUAUAGUAGCUGUGUGUUCUCGAGUAGAGAGUUUUUACUUUUGCUUACUAGGCAAUAAUUGGAUGCAAGAUGGAAAACAAAACGGAAACACACAUAAUUAAAUUAGCUAUGCGCAGCGCCGCUAUUAAUUGUACAAUGCGGUGUUAGAACAACAACAAAAAGGAACAACGGAAGAACUUCCGUUAGCAAGAUAAACAUAAUUAGUAGCUUCGCGUUUAAAAUUUGAAGAAAACAAAAACGGAAACACGAACGUUAGGUGCACUAAACACACAAAGAAAGCAACAGCAUAUUGUUUAGUGUACAACAUUAGGAGAACAAAAGAAAGGCGGUAACACUACAGUUAAAUAAACGACGACUAAAUAGCAUGUAUUGUGGACGGAACGGUAGUAA